ACUUGUCUGUCUUAAGUCACUGGGAGUUGUCCACAGUGGGGAAAGCCACCUUAUGGCAGGCAUUAGCUCAGGGCCAAGAUGGUACCCAGACAGGCCAUUUCCCGUAAGUCAACAUCUGUCAGGGUCUGGAGUACAAGAGGGGGGUGGGCUGGACAGGCAUUACAGCCUGCGUGCGGGUGGGCACCCACUGCGAUUGGUAGAAAAGGGGAAAUGCUGUUGCAGUUGCUGAGAAAAGCAGCAACACAACUAGAAACAGCCGUGGGUGUGGAAAGAAGAAGAGAUGGGAGGGUCACCACGGUGAUGGGCUCUUACGCGUCAGCUGGCUGGAUGUGAAAACGAGGGAGGGAGGGGGCUGAGAGCUGGAGGAAGCUGCCCCCACCUUGCCACUGAGACAGAGUCACGGGAGCUGAGCAGGUUCCGUGAGGAGACAGUCAGACCCUGUGUGCUGAGCUUGAGGCACCUGCACCUAAGUCGGGGGACAACACACCCAGGAAAUGGGCCUGGCUCCCCACAAGUGCAGGCUUGCAGGUAUGGAUUUGGGAGCUUUCCUCACAGCUGAGGGUCGGUUUGAGAAGGUUAACAAGGCGAUCAUGCGGCAUGAGAAGGAUGGAGGUCACAGGGGAACCUUUAGAAGGUCUUUUGUUCAAGGGGCAAGAGAAGACAAGCCAAUGGAAGAUCAGAUAAAACAGGAGGAAGGAACUUCGGGGGGCAGCCAGUGGUGCACACGUCGGAGAAGAGGCCUUCGAGUUUGACGGUUGGUUGAAUUUGAGAUCAUGACCUCGAUUUGGUCGAAUUUGAGGUCAUGACCUUCAAGAGCCAUUUGUGUGGAGUGGUAGCCAGUCUGCAGGGGCUGAGGACUGGGUGGGAGCCCAGAGAUCAGUGAGUGUGCUCUGCUCUUCAAGAAGGUUGUCCUUGAGGGACUUCACUGGUGGUCCAGUGGUUAAAACUACGAGCUCCCAAUGCAGGGGGCCAGGUUCAAUCCCUGGUCAGGGAACUAGAACCCACAUGCAUGCUGCAGCUAAGAGCCCACAUGCCACAACUUAAAAAAAAAAGAUCCAGCGUGCCGCAACUAAGACCUGGCGCAGCCAAAUAAUUAAAUGUUUUUUUUAAAAAAGGUUGUCCUUGAAAGAAAUGAGAAAGGGGGUCAGGGAGGGAGAGUGAUGAAAGGAUGGGUGUGAUGUGAGGAUUCGUGUGUGAUCGGGUGAGGGGAAAUCCAGGAGGGAGAGAGACACCAGCGCCAGCACUUAGAGACGCCUGGGCUCCGGUGGGGAAAGAAAAGUAGACCCAGAGAAAACCAGCUGGCACAGAGUAGGAGUGGGGAGGUUUGUAACAGCUACGAGGGGAAGUUAGAGCCGCUUAGGGCUCAAGGGAGGGUUAUAGAGCCACACUAGAGACCAGAGUAGUCGCUCCGUUUCCCAACUUUGUACAGCAGUCUCCAGUAGCUUAGGGUCAAAAACAAAGAGGGAUGCUGGAUGAACCCACAGUUGAAGGUCGUCAGGGUAUGAACGGUAGAAGUCCAAGAGGGCAAAGGAGAAUCCUUAUUUUUUUAAGUUGUUUAAAAUUAUUUUAAAAAAUACAUCAAAAGAUUCAAGCCAUACAAAAGAUUAUAGAGCAAGACAUGGAAGAAUAAUCCUCAGUCUACCCUGUCCUCUUAGGAGCUGACAUCAUUUCUCUGACUUCAGUCUGUAUUGGGGGAAAAUAGUAGCACCUAGCAGUUGAGUUGUAAAGGCUGAUGGCCGCACCAUGAGUUCUGCAUCGGAACUGCAUAGACUGGGUUCCGCAUGGAAGCAGCGGGGAAGCGGAAACGUGGACUGCCAACAGAAAGCACAGCUACUGCAGCCCUCUGCGAGGUUAUCAUUCAUCCUGGCAGGAGGCUCUCGGCGGAAAGUCUCAAGUUACUUCUGCAAAGGGGAAAGGCAGGGAUAGCAGAGGUGGGCUGAAUGAGGGUUAAGAGAAGAGGAUGGUGGUACAGAACCUACAGGGCUGGCGAGGUGAACAGUGGGAAUGACUCCUGUGGCCUGCGUGCCUGUUGGACGUAAGGAAAGGCUGCAGUUGAGGGAUGGGGUACAGAGUCAGCGAAUCCCAGUUUCACUUAGAAGAGAGAGAGGUGAUGCAUUUGGACUCAGCAGAUUCCAGGGUAAAGAGUUACUUAUGAGCUGGAGUUUCAUGAUUACUGACGUUGUAAAAAACUUGCAAUUUUGUGUGAGGUUUCAGUGGCCUUAGCCAUCUAAUAAAUAUUUUUUAAAUGCCUCCUAAAUGCUAGUUCUGGGAAUACAAUGAUAAACAAGACAAGAAAACUUCUGUACUAGUAGGAGGAGGCGGGCUUGUUACAACAGUGUUAGAAGCACUUUAGUAGGUUAUUGUAAAGUGCUUUUUGUGGGGGGGUGGGGGAUUGGAUAAGUGACUGCCCGUCUGUGUUCUAAAAGUUCCAGUACAGUCCCUAUUUCAAGCCCUGGUAUUUAAUAAGAAGUAAUGGAGACUUCUUAAGUGGCAAGUACUGUGCCAGGUGCCCUGUUUAGACACUGUCCCUGACCUUGAGGGGUUCAAGGUGAGGUGAAGAGUCAGACAAGGGAUAAUUAACAUACAGAAAGUUCAGGAUGAGAGUGACCGCUGGACAUCAUUGAAGUACUGAGGUUUGUGGAAAUACAGACCACCAAAAUAAGAAGAAGCAAGUGAGGCCCUUUAUUCAGAACUGCUAUAGCAAGGGCAUCAGCCCCCACCACUUGCAUGUGGCAGAAACUCAGAGGCAGGCAGGGAGUGGGAAAACUUUAUCAAAAAAAAAAAAAUGAACUCAUCAUUGUGCUCUGAUGGGACGAAGUUGGCAAGGGGAUGCUGGAAGCAGACUAACUCGAAGUGGGCUGUCUUACGUGAUUGGUUUGGGGAGCAUGUUUGGCUUUCUGUGGUUGGUCCUGAGUUGGAAGUGGAGGCAAAGAAUACAGAAGCAAUUGAUCAAGUCCUGACUAUUCCAGGCCAGUUGGUGCAGGGGCUGUGGGACAGAACUGUGAUACUGUAUAUGGUCUGGUCACUGUCUGUUUGUCCAUUCCCACAGUCUCUGGCUGGGCACCUGGACCCGACUGCGGAGCUGAGGGAGGCUCCAGCUGUGCCUAGUAAACAGCAGCACCGUGCCAGAUGCUUCUGUCUCUCCCUCUUUGGGAGGGAGGUGGAACCUCAUCUACUUUGUCUCUGUUAUUUCCAGUGUCUGCCACAUUGUUGUCGGUGCUCAGUGGGUGUUCGUUAAAUCUGAAGAACAGAUAAAGGAGAGGCCAGGGAGCUUCAGAAGAGGGUUCCUGAAGCAGGGGAGUCCACCUGAGCUGUAAUGAAGGCGUGGCAGGUAGCUUGGUGAGGACGGAGGAAGGGCAUUCAGGGCAGGUGAAUUACUUGAGUCCUGGGGUAUGAACUACUGUGGCCUGUGUGGUGAGUGCUGCCAGGGCUGGAUCAGGGUUUGAGAGUUGUCGAGUGACUGAAUAGGAGGCCGAAAUCCAAAGGGAAUGUACGUGACAAAUGAUGGGAGGAUUUUUAUUCUAUGCCAGAAUUCUCAGAUUUUAUCUUGAAAGGCAUUUCCUUUGUGCAAUUUAAAAUUGAAAGAAGGGAAUGUUUUUUCUACAGGGUCCUUUUAACUGGCAGGGGAGUGCUAAAACUCUUAGCUUUAUGUCUUCUGGCCAAAAGCAGUAUGCAAGUAGAGAUAUAAAGUUAUAACUUGACAGAGUUUAAAAAAGGACCAAACAUCAGAUACAACGCAAAGAAAUUGUAGGUAAAUGAGUCAGUUCUCAGUGAAGCUCCCUUCAGUCUGUUUUUCUGUGUUGCCAGACUGGACUCAUGGAACCAAAGUCAAGAAGCCCACAGGGUCUCACCUUAAGCUAAUUAAAAUCAUAAUACCUUAUAAAAUAAAAUAAAAUUGAAAGAUUGAGAUUACUCAAGCUGUUACAUGGGAAUGGAUAGAGAGAGAGAUGGUAAACUGACCUGUAACAGUUUGAGAGAGAAGGUGGGGCUUGAACCUCGCAGGAGCAGAGAGGAAAUAUUAAGAGGAGAGAUGUUUGUUUCUUGGAUUCCAGAGAACUGUUGAAUGACUUACAAAGGGCAGGUGUAGGGAGAGAAAGGAGGAGUUAGGGAUGACAUUUGGAUUUUAUAAUUAGGCAACUGGGAGGCUGUUAGUGCCAUUCACAGGAGAAGCAGUCUCAAUGGGAGAGAGAGUCCAGUUAGGGCAAUGUUAAGUUUGCAAUGCUGAGGGGACAUCAAAGAGUUGCACUGUUCUGGAGGCUUGGGGGUAUGUGAGCAAACAAAACAAAGUCUGUCGUCAUUCAACUUAUAUUCUAGCAAGGAAAAACAGACACUAAACAUCGUAAGUAAACUAUGUAUUUUAUAUCAGAACGUGAUCAGUGCUGAGAUAGGCUGGGACCUGAGACCCUUUCCUGUAGUGCUUGCACCUGGACAAAUGAGCAACAGAAUACAAAGAAACUAUAAGGGACUAAAAAUAACUGCGUGGGCAGUUGGGGCAAAUCCUGAACAAUAGGAUACAAAAAGACCAAAACCCAACUGGCACUUCUGAGGCGCCAGGAACAAAAGCAGGUAAUACAUGAUCCCUGCACACAGUACCACCGAAGGGGUGGGCAGACCACCUAAGCCACCCCGCCGGCCCCACCCACCACCCACUGAUCUGCCUCUACCUUCCCCCCAUUUAAGGAACAAGCUCUCCCCCCUUCAGAGAGUGAGCAAGGGAACCGGUUACUUGUCUUCACUCCCUGGAGUCCCAGUAACGCCUUGCCUGAAUUCCUGAUCUGGCUUCAUCAAUUUCUAUUGAGAGUCCAAAGACCUUAGUAACAAUAGGACAGGAAAAACUAGAGCAGGCCGGGGAGUCAGCAGUGGUGAGGGUGAGGCAAGCUGUGGUAUAAAACAGUGUGAUGGGAUGGGCCUAAAUGAGGUGAGGGUUCAGCAAAGACUUGAAGGAGGUGAACGAGUUAGCCAAUUGCAUAUCCGGGGGAAAAAAUAUUACAGGAAGAAGGAAGUGUAGACAAGUCCUGGGGCCAAGGAGGGAGGGGUUUGAAAAUGCAGGUGAGACGUAAUGGGGAUGGAGGGCUAUUCGUGCAGAGCUUUUAGACCCUCGUGGGGACUUUGGCUGUUACCGAGUAAAAUGGACAGAUACUGCAGGGUUUUUAGGCAGUGAUCAGAGCUGCCUUAAUUUUUAAAAGGAUCACUGAUUGCGGUGUUAAAAUAGAUUUGGGGGUUGGGGUAGCACGUAUUUUUCCAGGGCUUGUGAGUGCUCUAGGAUCGAGAUAAAAAUUUCCACAUCACCCUUUGAUAAGCCGUAGAAACGCUUCAGAUCCUUUUUUGGGACAAAAUUUACGUGCUCGAAGCCUCAGGCUGAUUGCACCCAUUCGAGGCGCGGCUGUGAGCCGAGCGCGUCCCGGAAGAGCUAAUCUGCCUGGCAGGACAAACACGUGGAGGGCUUAGCGGGCUCUGGCCCGCUGGGCUCUCAGCGAAAGCCCGGCCGGAGCCAGCCUCUCACGCACUGAGCUCCGCCUCGGGGGGCUUCUCAAAGUCUCGGUUCGCUCCUCCAGCCCUGCACUGGGAAAACAGAGGAAAGCUAAGGCCCGCCCCCAUUAGGAGCACCAAUCCCGCUCGCCUGCCUCUUUCUCUCCCUCCAAUUAGCUUCUAGGAUGUGGUCCUCACGCCAGACACAUCCCGCCGCCGAUUGGCCGGCAUCUUGCUGGUGCGAGCGGCCCAGGCCAAUCAGCGCUCGCCAGUCCACCCCGCGAGCCCACGAGCAGCGGCGCGAGAGACCUAGGCCAGUUGAAGUUGGUUGGGAAGUGGGCGUGGCGCCGCCGCGCGGGGCUCGCCUUCGCCGCGCAGGGCCCGCCUCCGCCCCGCCCCAACCGCCGACUAAUCCUUCUUUGGUUGCGGGUAGGGGCCAUCCCGAGGUAUCCGCGAGGUGAGCUCCGAGGUCCGACAGUUCGCCGCAGCCAGCAUGGAGUUCGUGAAGUGCUUGGGGCACCCCGAGGAGUUCUACAACCUGCUGCGCUUCCAGAUGGGGGGCCGGCGGAAGGUGAUGCCCAAGAUGGACCAGGAUUCGCUCAGCAGCAGCUUGAAAACUUGUUACAAGUACUUGAAUCAGACCAGUCGCAGUUUCGCAGCUGUUAUCCAGGCGCUGGAUGGGGAAAUGCGCCAUGCAGUAUGCAUAUUUUAUCUGGUUCUCCGAGCGCUGGACACUCUGGAAGAUGACAUGACCAUCAGUAUAGAAAGAAAGGUCCCCCUGUUACACAACUUCCACUCGUACCUUUAUGAGCCCGACUGGCGGUUCACGGAGAGCAAGGAGAAGGACCGACAAGUCCUGGAGGACUUUCCAACGAUCUCCCUGGAGUUUCGAAAUCUGGCUGAGAAAUACCAAACAGUGAUUGUUGACAUUUGCCGGAAGAUGGGAUUUGGGAUGGCAGAGUUUCUGGAUAAGCGUGUGAUGUCUGAACGGGAGUGGGACAAGUACUGUCACUAUGUUGCUGGGCUGGUGGGAAUUGGCCUUUCUCGUCUGUUCUCGGCCUCAGAGUUAGAAGAUCCCUUAAUUGGUGAAGACACAGAGCUUGCCAACUCUAUGGGCCUGUUUCUGCAGAAAACAAACAUCAUCCGUGAUUAUCUGGAAGACCAGCGAGAAGGAAGAGAGUUUUGGCCUCAAGAGGCUUGGAGCAAGUAUGUGAACAAGCUGAGUGACUUUGCCAAGCCAGAGAACAUGGACUUGGCCGUGCAGUGCCUGAAUGAGCUCAUAGCCAGCACGCUGCACCACAUCCCUGACGUCAUCACUUACCUUUCACGACUCAGAAACCAGAGCAUAUUCAACUUCUGUGCUAUUCCACAGGUCAUGGCCAUUGCCACUUUGGCCGCCUGUUAUAAUAAUCAGCAGGUAUUCAAAGGGGUGGUGAAGAUACGAAAAGGGCAAGCAGUCACCCUGAUGAUGGAUGCCACCAACAUGCCCGCUGUAAAAGCUAUAAUACACCAGUACAUGGAAGAGAUUUAUCACAGAAUCCCCAACUCCGACCCAUGUUCUACUAAAACAAGGCAGAUCAUCUCCACGAUCAGGUCACAGAAUCUUCCCAACUGUCAGCUCAUCUCUCGGAGCCACUACUCACCCAUUUACCUGUCGUUUGUCAUGCUCCUGGCGGCCCUGAGCUGGCAGUAUCUGAGCACCCUGUCCCAGGUCACAGAGGACUAUGUUCAGACCGGAGAACGCUGACUGGGCUUGGUCGGGAGACAGAACACCCUGGGGAAUGGACUGACCUUCUCUUCAGGGAUGGAUGUGGGCUUCCCCCCUUUUUUCCCUCCUGCUUUAAUUCCUCAAGGAACUCUGUGGGCCUAGAACUUUAGAAACUGUGACAUGUGGUGAAGAUAAGAUUAAAGGGAAAGGACACUUCAGCCUUGGCCACCUGUGUUCACCUGUGCCCACCUGGGCGGGGUGACUGAGGGCUGAGCGUCCACUGCUGUGGGUCACAGUCAGGGCUGCAUCCAGGCCUGCAGAGAGAUCAUACUUAAUGUGAAUACGGGCUAGAAUUAAAUGUAUUUAAUUUGAAGCAACCUUUGAAUACCUAUCCUAGUAGAAAGUGAAGUGCAUUUUCUUUGUUCUGUUCCUGUUUUUCUCAUCCUUUUGUUUUCUUCAGUGGACUUGAAUGUAGUAGAUGUGAAUGUUUAGAGUUCUAGGAAUAUUCCCCUGUUUCCUAAGGAUGCAGACUGUCUUCUGCACGUGAAGGCUAGGAAGUAACUUCUGGGUGGGGUUAGCAUUAUUUCCUCAUUUAAAAGUUUAGGUUUCAGGAUUGCCUUUGGUCCCAUCGUAGCAGGUUGGUUUCCAGUUAAGGCUGAUGUUUUUGAGACUUUUAUAAUAAAGAACUGAAUUACUUGGCA